AUGACGAUGUUGAGUUUUGUGAAAUGUACAUACGAAAAAUAUGAAGUGAAUGAUGUAGAAAUUCAAAUUUUGCAGUCGCCUUUGAAAUAUCUGAGGCUGCUGGUUUGUCCCCUUUUAACACAAAAACGACAACAGCAAAAUGACAAAUGUUCAAGUGUUGAUGAUGGAUACCAUAGACUUUCAGCGACAGUCAAUCCCACCGUGGCAGACGAAAAAAUGGAUUUUAGAGGAAAAAAUGGUGAUCAAACGGGGGCUAAGUUACAACUUGCUUCAUUUCUCUACACCUUCUCAAUCAGAAUUCUUGUGCGUUUCUUUGGCCGAACUAUUAUUCAUGGGGUGCUAAGUAACAAGUUACUGAUAUUGAUUAAGGUAAAUAGAAGAGCACUAGAAAAUAGUGAAGCUGAUUGCCUAAUUAUGCUGGUCAUGCAUUCAGGUAGAAGUGAAAUGAUGGUUUCCCUGCUGCCAUCCAUUGGUUAUAGCCUUAGAAAUGGGGCCAGCAGCAUGUUUAUUCUAGCAUCUAUACUGAGACAUGAAAUGUCUUCUUUAAUACAGGCAAAACAUGGAAUUGACUGUCUGGAGCUUCCUCUCAUUCAGCACAAGCAGUUGCCUGAUUAUGAUAGACUUCCUUCUGUAUUGAGUGACACUGCAUUUGACUGGAUUGUCAUAACUUCACCUGAAGCUGGUCUGGUUUUUCUUGAUGCUUGGAAAGCUGCUGGAUCUCCGAAAGUUAAGGUUGGAGUGGUGGGAGCUGGUACAGCAAGCGUAUUUACGGAGGUUUUGCGGUCCUCAAAGCAAUAUCUCGAUGUUGCCUUUGCACCAUCUAAAGCAACUGGUAAGGUUCUGGCUUCAGAGCUUCCAAAGCUAGAGAAUAGAAGGUGCAGUGUCUUAUAUCCUGCUUCAUCAAAAGCUAGUGGUGAGAUUGAGGAAGGCCUUGUUAAGCGUGGAUUUGAUGUUACUAGGCUUAAUACAUACACAACGUCACCAGUUGAUCUUGUGGACCAAGGGGUUCUUGAAAGGGCACUUUCUGCUCCGGUUGUUUCUGUAGCAUCACCUUCAGCAAUUCGUGCUUGGGUAAGUCUUAUCCCAAAAUCUCAAAAGUGGAGCAAUUCUGUUGCAUGUAUUGGUGAGACAACUGCCUUAGCAGCUAAAAACUUGGGCUUGCAGAAUGUGUAUUUCCCAACAAAUCCUGGCCUUGAAGGGUGGGUUAAUAGCAUUUUAGAAGCCUUGCAAGUUCAUGAGCGAUUCCAGAAGGUCUAGAGUUUGUAAGUCGAAGCCUUUCUAAUUUCGUCUGGUUAGAUGGGCGCAGAGAUUCCAAACAUCUAGAAACUCGAGUUAAAGACGGUAUAAACAGCAGG